AGCCAGGAAAUGGUCACUGAUGGUGGAAACUAAUGUAAACAGUUUGGCUGGAGGCUCUGAACAACAGGAGUACGCCUAAAAUAAGGUUAAAUAUCACCGCGAUUACUACAGUUUCUUUAGUUUUAGAUACAGAACGGCAUGGUUUAGGGGUUAAAUCCGCUGUAAACUGCGGUUUGGCUUAGGAAAACGAGUUGUAGCUGUUUUUAAAGCGUGUUUAUCACUCUUACUGUCACCAUGUCCACUGCUGUAGACGUGCACGCGCAGCUGGCCACCGUACUGGAGAGGUUCGCUAAGUGCGCGCUGCUGGAAAUGACCAAAAUCAUUGAUAACGACUCCGCGGUUUUGCGCGCGGAGAUCUCGCGCAGACAGAUGGAGAUCGAGUCGCUGAUGUGUAAACUCCAGUUCGCCGAGAGCGAGCUCAGAUCAGCCCGACAGGCAGCGGCUGCCCGACAACAUCCCUCCAACAUCCGCUCGGUGGGAGUUCAGGUCAGCAGCGCCUUAAAUCAGAGAGACUAUAAGGAAAGACACCAGGACGUGCAUAGAGACCAUUUAUCUCAGCAGGCUUCUGGUGCAAGGGACAAUGGAGUAGAACCAUUUCAUGUCAAAGAAGAGAGGACUGAAGUGAAGACGUGGAACAAUGAGGAAGAUCCACAGGUAGAAGAGAGCCAAGGCUGCUGGGCAGAGGAACGAGGGACACCCAACAAAUCUUCAGAUGGUUGUGAUGAAUAUCUUGUGAACGAAGCCAAACCUGACAUUAUCUGGGAUUCAACUGAGGUAGAGGACUUUUCCAUUAACUCUGCACCAAGGUCUGAGGCAUCCCAGAGAUUGGAAAUAUCACAAGAGGCUGCCAAUAUGAGUCUCAACCAAAGGACCUCAGAGAUAUCACAAAGCCCAAGACAGAGCAUCACUAUUCAGUAUCAUCCAGCCACAGAUUGCGACACAAUCACCCAGCACAGGCGUGGUCGGCCUGCUAACGUCGCAACUGCCCUCCUGGCUCCUCCAGUGACUGAACAGAGGAGUGAUGGGGUGGGAACUGGGGAAAAAAGCUCACGCUGUCCUCAGUGUGGUAAAACCUUCACCACCCGCUUCUACUUGAAGAUCCACCAGCGUAUCCACACUGGCGAGAGGCCAUACACUUGUCUUCAGUGCGGAAAGCGCUUCUACUGCAACUCCCACCUCAUCUCCCACCAGCGCUCCCACACUGGAGAGAAGCCCUAUAGCUGUGAAGAGUGUGGCAAGUCCUACUCUCAUUUAAACUCCCUCAAACUACACCAGCGCAGCCACACGGAGGAGGAGGCGUACACGUACUGGUGAUGGACAGUCCAAGGAACAGCCAAAGAUGAGAAGAGUGCAUUUGGUCUUUUUUAUUUUAGACUAUUUACAACAGAGGCGUCCAGUCUUAUGUGCAAAUGGUUGUUGUGUUUGUAGCAGGGCUAUAUUUCAAAAAAGCUGGAGAACAUCUGAUUCCACUUCCACUUGAAUGAUAAGAUUUGGACUUCCCUGGUUUACAGGUUUUACAGCAAUGGUUCAAUCAAAUAAGCUACUAUUGAUAAAGGAAUGCUCCAGAGUUUUGUCGUAGCAUAUCGCCACUGUCCAAUGAAAAGUUGUAUUUUAUUUUUUUAUUUUAAUAGAUCAUUUGAAAAGACAAACUGUCCCUAAUACUGUCUCAAGAUUUUUUAUUGAACAGACCAAUAUAAAUUAAAAAAAAAAAAAAAAAAGUUUUUACUUUGACUUCCAUUAAAAGUUAAGAAGGUUUUAUCUCCCUCUUGUAAAGUUGCUGUUUUGGAGAUACGAUAUGUGGCAUUGUAGCAAAGUGUCAAUUAUAUGUACACAUGCUGUACACAGAUGAGCGAUAACAUUAACACUCCCAUUACUAUACACAGUAGAGGCUCUUUGGAGUUCUAUAAUUACAGACUGUCUUCCUGUAUAUGUUUUUUUCUGCAUACUUUAUCAUUACGUUCAUUCUUUCUGCCUGUUCUUCAAUGAACAGGACCCUAUUGGACCAACACAGAGCAGUUAUUACUGUAAUUGUGUGGUGGAUUAUUGAUUAUUAGCACUGUAGUGACACUGAGGUGGUGGUGUAUGAGGUGUUAGUGUGUGUUGUUUUGGUUCUAUGAGUGUGUCCACUCAACGUCCACUCUUUUAGACACUCCUGCUUAGCUUCUACACCUUGUAGAUUCAGUAAAGUCAGAAACAGAAGCUCUAAAUCUGUUGCUGUACAGUUUAUCCAGAGGAUGCUAUUGUCUGGUUGUUUCUGGUUGGUGGACUAUUUUCAGCCCAUCAGUGACAAUGAGCUGUUCAAGAACUCCAGCAGCACUGCUGUGUCUGAUCCACUCAUACCAGCAACACAUCACUAACAUAAAAAUCACCAUUAUACCAGUGUUACUCAAUGAAGUGCUGAGAAUCAAAGACCCAACACCCAAAUAAUAACUGCUCCAUCAUUAAAGAACAGGAUAAAAGAGACCAACAAUGCAAACAGAGAAACAGAUGGACCAGUGAACUCUGGGCUAGAGAGGUAACAGCUUAAAUUACAGCAUUACUUUGCAUUACACUUAGUCUGAGUGAGCUACAGAUGCCACAGAUAAAGAUUAGGUUAAAAAAUCACUGGAGUAUUCCUCUAACAAUGAACAGAAGCAAUAUAACCACCAGCUUAUGCAAAGUCGUACUACCUUCUGUUUAUUGUGUAGUUCAAUAGUGAGCUUAUUUGAUUGAGCUAGAUUUGUUUUUGCCACACACAUCUCUACAUUGUUUUUAUAUUAAUUUUAGAUGUGCCAUUGGACAGACAGUUGACAGUAUGUGCCUGAUACUGAAUAGAUUUUCUUUUAAGUUUGAGAAUUACGUAUUGUUUUAAUUAUUAUAGUUUUACUGUAUUAGUUAUGGGUUAUUUUAUCAUGGGCUGGCUGUUAUUAUGAUGUAGCGUUCCUGGUUUUAAAAAAAUAGCUGAUUAAUUUUUUAAUAUUUGAUAUUUGAAAACAUUGCAAAAAAAAAAAGAAAAUGCGUCGUGGUAUGAUUUCUCUUAUUUUUGCCUUUGCCUUUAUAUGUGAAAGUGUCAGAUUUUAGUAUUU